AUGACGCAGGGCUGUCCCGGCGGCGGCGGCGGCGGCGGCGGCCCCCGCGGGGGGCUCGCUGGGGGCAGCGCGCGUCGCCGGAGGGGGCUUCCGCCGGCGUCUGGUCUUCCCGACCACAGAGUCCCCGAGCUCCUCGAGAGCUCGCGCUGUCUUUGUCACCCGCUGUACCGGAUCACCAGCGUGCCCCACCAGCACCUUGCCAAGAUCACCACCAAGGACUUAAAGGAGAAGGAGGUGGUGGAGGAGGCGGAGAGUGGAAGAGAGGCCCCGCCAACGGGAAUGCUAAUGAGGAAAAUGGGGGAACAGGAGGCUGACAACCAGGUAGACGAAGAAGAGGAAGAAGGUGGGGAAGAGGAGGAGGAAGAGGAGGAAGGUGAUGGUGACGAAGAAGAGGAGGAGGCUGGGGCAGCUACAGGCAAACGGGCAGCUGAAGAUGAUGAGGAUGACGAUGUGGACACCGAGAAGCAGAAGACCGACGAGGAUGACUAGACAGCCAAAGGAAAAGUUCA